UCCACAGUUAAUUGAUCAAAUAACUGUGUAUUCAUAUUUAUUGUUCCAUUUAUUUUUCCACAUAGAUUAAUUGAAUAUUCAAUAUGGAGUAAGUGGUUAAUUUUUACUUUCCUAUAAUACUUUGUUUCACCUGACACCAAAAAUUGAUAUCCUUAUGAACUUAAAAAAACAUUAUUAAAAACGUAAAUAAUUUUAAAUUUAUUCAGAGUUGUUCCAUAUCAUGAAAUGGUGACUUCCGCAAAUGUAACCUUUACACAAUUGACAACGUUCAUAUACUUAAUCUAUUGUGACUAGUUAUUGUUCAUUUGAAAAAUACAUUAAACUAAAAUGUCUGCUAUCAACAUGGUUUACCUAAUAAAUAUUUUACCCUGUGCAUAGACUGUUAAUAUGCGGAAGCAUUGUCGCAUUGUUACUUUGGUUCUUGAAGCUAUUCAUUGAAAGUGUCUGUUUUUCAAACACAUUCUGAGCCAAAUAACAGGUCUUGUACAUGGCGCUAUUGACUCCUCAUGUUCACCCAAGCUGGUAAUGUCAUUUCUGGUUCCUCAAACUUUACUGACCAACAAAAUGCACGUCAAAUAUUUUAGAUAGUAAGAACGUCGCUCAGGUAUACUGAAAACUCAAUAGACCUAUAAAAGUAUGGAUGAGUUUUAAAAUAUCGCAUUACGUAUACCUUUAGAUAUUCACUGCUUACUUUUACUGCACUGUGGUCGCUAAAAUGAACUUUUAAGCAAAAAUUUAAACCAUGAAGAAACAAUAAUUAUUUAAUCACAAAACGCUCUUCAAAAGCUAUUUUUUACUCCGAUAGAUUCACUACCACAAGUUAACAUAUAUGUGAGAUAUACAAAAAAUAUCAGAUUUGACUUAGCAGUUGCUGAAACUUGUCUAAGAGUUAUCACCAUUCAAUAUUAAUAAGUUAAAAAAAUGGAUACGAAACUGUUUACUACUUGCUCAUUAUUUUUAAUAAUCCACUGAUACAACUGUAGUAAAAACCACCGUCAGAAUUUCAUAUAAAACAACUGACAUUAAUUUAAUAUGAAUAUAAUUUUCCUUUAAUUUCUGUUUUAUUAGAGAAUUGGAAGUCAAAGAGAUGUUCUGUAUGAUUGAUAAGAAACAACGUGGUAGAAUCACUUGUAAACAAUUAAGAAAAUUUCUAAGGAGACAUGACGCUAAAUUCAGUAAGAAAUCUGUAAGAAAUUACGUCAAGUCAAUAGACAGUGAUGGGGAUGGUAAAUUGACAUUGGAUGACUUUAUGAGAGCGCUUACCAAAUGUGAUCAUACAAAAUAA